AUGGUAGACAGGAAGCGUACCUCUUCAGCUAUAUCAGAUAAUGAAGGAAAUGGGCGUGUAGAUAAAAAAACAAAGAUAAAAGAUGAAAUAGAUGAUGAAGUUGAUAAUGACGUGAAGAAUGGAGAGGCCCUGGAAGACAAUACAGAUGAAAAAGAAAAAGCUGAAAAUGACAAUGAAGAUGGACAUACAGAAAAUGGAGGCGGAGGAGGAGACGGUGACGAUGACGAAGACGACGAAGAUGACGACGAAGCAGAAGAAGAAAAGAAAAGGACGACAACGUUCAACUUCGAUGGGGUUACAUAUUCGUUCAAAGAACGGCCAUCGGUGAUCGAAGAAAAGGAAGGUAAGAUAGAGUUCCGGGUGGUGAAUAACGAUAAUACAAAGGAGAGUUUAAUGGUGUUGACGGGGUUGAAAAAUAUCUUUCAAAAGCAAUUACCCAAGAUGCCGCGAGAAUAUAUAUCUCGGUUGGUGUAUGAUAGAUCACAUUUAUCCAUGGCUGUGGUCCGAAAGCCACUAACAGUUGUAGGGGGAAUAACGUAUAGGCCAUUUGAUAAUAGAGAGUUUGCAGAAAUUGUUUUCUGUGCAAUUUCAUCGACAGAACAGGUUCGGGGAUAUGGUGCACAUUUGAUGAAUCACUUGAAAGAUUACUGUAGGGCCACUUCCAAUGUGAAAUACUUUCUUACUUAUGCAGAUAAUUAUGCCAUUGGAUACUUCAAGAAGCAAGGCUUCACUAAAGAAAUUACGUUAGAUAAAUCUGUCUGGAUGGGUUAUAUCAAGGAUUAUGAAGGGGGUACACUCAUGCAGUGUUCGAUGCUACCGCUGAUUUUGCGUUAUUUGGAUCUGGCUAAAAUUUUAUUAUUACAGAAAGCUGCGAUCGAGAAAAAGAUCAAACAGAGAUCAAAGGCUCAUAUAGUUAGGCCGGGGUUGCAGGUUUUUAAAACAAAUAAAGAUGCAAAACUCAAUCCAGCAAAAGAUAUUCCAGGGUUAUCAGAGAGUGGAUGGCUGGAAGAAAUGGAUAAGUUGGCACAGAAACCUAAGAGAGGGCCUCAUUAUAAUUUUAUGGUAACUUUGUUAUCAGAAUUGACUAACCAUCCAUCUGCAUGGCCAUUUUCAGCUCCAGUUAAUAAAGAGGAAGUAGGCGACUACUACGAUGUAAUCAAAGAGCCAAUGGACUUAUCAACAAUGGAACUGAAAUUGGAAAAUGAUAAGUACGAUUCAUUUGACCAAUUCUUGUAUGAUGCUAGGUUGAUUUUCAACAAUUGUCGUUCUUAUAAUGCUGAUUCUACGACCUAUUUCAAAAACGCUACCAAAUUAGAAAAAUUCAUGAAUAACAAAAUCAAGGAUAGUGCUGAAUACUCCCACUUUCUUGAUCAGUAA